UGUAAACUAAAACACAAAACCUAGAAACCUACGUUUAAAAGAGGCAUUCUGAUUUCCUCUUUUGCAGUUAGCAGCCGCUGAACCUUGAACUCUAGAGAGUGCCGUCGAACGCUCCGUCACGAUGACAUUCAAGCGAAGGAACGGAGGUCGCAACAAACACGGCCGUGGCCACGUCAAAUUCAUUCGAUGCUCCAAUUGCGGCAAAUGCUGUCCUAAGGAUAAGGCAAUCAAGCGGUUUUUGGUGAGGAACAUUGUUGAACAGGCUGCAGUAAGAGAUGUUCAGGAGGCCUGUGUCUAUGACCAAUACACUCUUCCGAAGCUGUAUUUGAAGAUGCAGUACUGUGUUUCCUGUGCUAUCCAUUCUCAUGUUGUUAGGGUUCGAUCUCGCACUGAUAGGAGGAAGCGUGAACCUCCACAGCGAUUCAUCAGGCGCAGGGAUGAUGCACCAAGGCCCGGUCAGCCUGGUCAAGCCCCUCGUCCUGCUGGAGUAGGAGCACCGGCCCGUGCUUAAAUGCAAAUUCUAAGUUUUUAGGUCUUGUUGGUUCAGUUUUUUAUUACAAACUAAG